AUGGUCAGUAGCAGGGGUUCAAUAUCGGUGGAAGCCGAGUACAGGAAACUUCUGUCGAGAAAUGAUGAAUUGACUAAACAGGAGGCCACUCUGAAGAAGGAAUAUACCACACUCUUGAGGAAAAUCUCGAGUCUUGCACGCGUCUUGAGUAAAAUGGAACCUGAUAUGGGGUGUUCUUCUGAUGAACCUAGACUUAUAUCUGAAGCGGCACUGGUGAGGGCGCCGAGACUGCGGUGGUACAAUGAACAGAUAUCGCUGGUGGAGUCUUUGUCGCGGGAGAACCAGGAAAUACCGAUUCCUGACGAGUUGAUGGAGUCUUAUAGGCUGUCUAAGGAUACUCCUCUGUUACAUAGGGAUUCGAAUUAA